AUGUCAGCUCUUCGAGAAGAUGAUGCAAAAUUAGCUAAAGAUAAACGAAUUAACGAGUUUACAAAAAGCUAUCAAAGAAUUAUUGAAAGUAUUGGUGAGAAUUCGACCAGUAAAGGUUUAUUGAAGACAAGUAAAUGUGCUGCAGAGGUUAUGCUAUGUUUUACUAAAGGUUAUGAACAACGUAUUAGUGACGUUGUUAGUGGUGCUAUAUUUGAUGAAGAAUGUGACGAUAUGGUUAUUGUUAAAGAUAUUGAUAUUUAUUCACUUUGUGAACAUCACAUGGUACCAUUUUUUGGAAAAGUAUCGAUUGGAUAUUUGCCAAAUAAGCGUGUUAUAGGUUUGAGUACAAUAGUACGUAUCGUUGAAGUAUUCAGUCAUCGAUUACAAGUACAAGAACGUCUUACUCGACAAAUCGCCGAGGCAAUUAGCGAGGUAAUUGAACCUCGUGGUGUUGGUGUCAUUAUUGAGUGUAUACAUAUGUGUAUGGUAAUGAGAGGUGCUGAAAAAAUAAACGCAAAAACAACAACAAGUUCAAUGUUAGGCGUAUUCAGAAAAGAUCCAAAAACACGUGAAGAAUUUUUAUCAUUGGGAAAAAUAAAUGAAUUUUAA